AGCGGAAUGGUAUCUCCCUCUUCUCCCGGAUGGAUCGCGCCGCUGAACUCGGACAACCUGAGCACUAGCCGACACCGGAGCAGGUUGCCCGCGGCUUCCUCCGCUCCUGCUGAAUGUCACACGGAGCGAGGCUAGAAUUAAAGCGCCCACCGUUCAGAACGAGACUACUUUCUACUAUUCUAUUUAUUAUUGCUAUUCUUUCGGGCAGAAAGCCGCCCGCUACCUUCUGACCAUGGCUUCUAACUUCAACGACAUAGUCAAGCAGGGGUACGUGAGGAUACGGAGUAAGAAACUGGGGAUCUUCAGGAGGUGUUGGCUGGUGUUCAAGAAGGCCUCCAGUAAAGGACCCCGGCGAUUAGAAAAGUACCCAGAUGAGAAAGCAGCAUACUUUAGGAGCUUCCACAAGAUCACCGAGCUUCAUAGCAUCAAGAACAUUACCCGGAUGCCACGGGAGACAAAAAAGCAUGCGGUUGCCAUUAUCUUCUGCGAUGACACGUCCAAGACGUUUGCCUGUGAAUCAGAGCUGGAUGCAGAGGAGUGGUGUAAGCUGCUGUGCAUGGAGUGCCUGGGCUGCAGACUCAACGACAUCAGCCUGGGGGAGCCGGACCUGUUAGCAGCGGGGGUGCAGCGGGAGCAGAACGAACGGUUUAACGUGUACCUCAUGCCCACUCCUAACCUGGACAUCUACGGAGAGUGCACCAUGCAGAUCACCCAUGAAAACAUCUACCUGUGGGACAUUCACAACGCUCGCCUCAAACUCGUCAUGUGGCCACUCAGUUCCCUGCGGAGAUACGGUCGAGAUUCCACCUGGUUUACUUUUGAGUCUGGCAGGAUGUGUGACACAGGAGAGGGUUUGUUCACGUUCCAAACGCGGGAGGGGGAGAUGAUCUACCAGCGGGUCCACUCAGCCACGUUGGCCAUCGCCCAGCAGCAUGAGAGGAUGAUGGAGGAAAUGGAAAAGAGCUCCCAGAUCCACUCCAGAGAGACGAUAACCAAGUCCAUCUCCCUGCCGCGCAGUGCCUACUGGCAGCACAUCACGCGUCAAACCAGUGUGGGGGAUCUGUACAGUUACCAAGGGAAUGCUGCUGAGGACAGACUAGCAGACAAAGAAGUUGGGCUUUCGUUGACUUUUAUCCCACGGGCGCAGACUUUCUCAAGCUUUCUAUCUGAAGAGCUGGAGUCUGAGUGUCACCGGGAAGAAGCGCCGUCGCCCUCUGGUGGCUGUGAGUCUGGCUGCAGCGUCCGACCUCUUCAAUGACAGUGAACUGCUGGAGCAGCUGUGGACACUGUACCUGCUGAACAUGUACAAAGCUGUAAAAUCGACAUGUGUAAUAUAUUAUUUCCCAGUGACACACACAAGUGUGUCAACGGUAGAGUGAGUGGAACACCAGAAAGAGCUGGAAGAUUGUUGUAUCCUUUAUUUUUUGUGACUGCAUCAAAGUUUGCACCAAGAAAAAUCCUUCACUGUCGUUUUAUUUUGUUUACGUUGCCUGUUAAAACCUGCACGUCAAACGUCCUGUUUGGUUUUAAAAUGCUAGCAAAAGUUAAAGACCCACUCCGAUCAUCUUUUGAGCUAUUUCAGAAGCGUUCUUUGUGGGGAAUAACCCCGCCCCCCCUUCCCCUCCUUGUUGCAGAGCACGGAGCUUGUAGCCCACCCAGCGUUUUUUCUACGUCACAAAUUUGUUCUUUUUAAACUUUUUUUUCCCGUCUGCUCCUGAUUCACAGCAAUCUGAAUACAGUAAUAAUAUUUAUAAUUGCAGUUUU